GAGCCGGCCGCGCUCCCAGUCCGCCCAAAGCCCAUGCCCGGCGGCUGGCCUGUGCUGCGGCUGGAGGGGGGCCCGGCUCUGCAUGGCCCCGGCUGCUGAUAUGACUUCUUUGCCACUCGGUGUCAAAGUGGAAGACUCCGCCUUCGGCAAGCCGGCGGGGGGAGGCGGGGGCCAGGGCCCCGCCGCCGCCGCGGCCACGGUGGCCGCCGCCAUGGGCGCAGAGGAGGAGGGGGCCAAGCCCAAAGUGUCCCCUUCGCUCCUGCCCUUCAGCGUGGAGGCGCUCAUGGCCGAUCACAGGAAGCCCGGGGCCAAGGAGAGCGCGCUGGCGGCCCCCGAGGGCCCGCAGGCGGCGGGUGGCUCGGUGCAGCCCCUGGUUGCCCGGCCCGGGUCUCUGGGCACCGCAGAUGCGCCCUCUUCGCCUCGGCCGCUGGGCCAUUUCUCGGUGGGAGGACUCCUCAAGCUGCCGGAAGAUGCUCUGAUCAAAGCUGAGAGCCCCGAGAAGCCCGAGAGGACCCCGUGGAUGCAGAGCCCCCGCUUCUCCCCGCCCCCAGCCAGGCGGCUGAGCCCCCCAGCCUGCACCCUUCGCAAGCACAAGACCAACCGUAAGCCGAGGACGCCCUUCACCACCGCGCAGCUGCUGGCUCUGGAGCGCAAGUUCCGCCAGAAGCAGUACCUGUCCAUUGCGGAGCGCGCCGAGUUCUCCAGCUCCCUCAGCCUCACUGAGACGCAGGUAAAGAUCUGGUUCCAGAACCGCCGUGCCAAGGCCAAGAGACUGCAGGAGGCCGAGCUGGAGAAACUGAAGAUGGCAGCGAAGCCCAUGCUGCCCCCGGCUGCCUUCGGCCUCUCCUUCCCCCUUGGUGGUCCAGCCGCCGUAGCCGCAGCAGCGGGCGCCUCGCUCUACAGUGCCUCUGGCCCCUUCCAGCGCGCCGCACUCCCAGUGGCACCCGUGGGACUCUACACGGCCCAUGUAGGCUACAGCAUGUACCAUCUGACAUAGGUGGCCCAGGGUCGCCGUCUGUGGUGCCAGCCGAUUCCUCCCGCCUGCAUCUACGCGCAGCAGGAUUCCUACCACAACUCACACCCCACUCAGCACUGCUGGCCCCUUCCCUUUAACCCUCAUGCUGCACCCUGAUUCUCCCGGUUGCUCCCUGAGUUCACUCUCUGAAGUCCGAUCCCGUCCCGAAAGGAGUGGCCGGGAGGGUCCGUGAGUACUCUUUGAAAAUCUAGAUCUACACGCGCCGAGUUACUGAUGGGCAAACUAGGGCCGGAGAGGCCGAGAGAUUUAUGCAAGAUCCCGAGCAGAACUAGCCGUGGAGCAGGACUAGAGGCCCUAGCGUCUCCUGCGUUGCCGCUUCCUGUCCUCACGCCAAGCAGGAAGAGUGCAGAGAAAGAACAGUCUUCGAGAGGGAAGAGCACUCCAGGAGAUGGAUGCCGUCUCCUUCCUUUGGAAAAUGUAAGAGCUCCAACAGCCAAACAUUGCUUUGGGGGCACGGCACACAGAUGCCUUGCGAAGGUAGGUUGAAGGGAUCUCUCUCUUUCACCAGUACCAGGAAAAAAAAUGUAAAAUUAGAAAAAAAAAAAAUCUGUUUCUAUUUAACAGUACAUUCUCAUGGCUCUCAAAACUCCCUUUGGAAGGGAUUGUGUGUACUAUGUAAUAUACUGUAUAUUUGAAAUUUUAUUAUCAUUUAUAUUAUAGUUAUAUUUGUUAAAUAAAUUAAUUUUAAGCUACAAGAAGUGAUCUCUUUGCUGAUU